AUGGGGUUCUCCAGCAGCAUUGGACCGGCGCUCAGCGACGCAGCCGCAAGGGCCAGCGUGUAUGUAGAGGACAACAGUACUGCCGUGGCGGUGGCAGGAGGCCUGACUGCCCUCGGCGCGAUCACCUACCUGGCCACCCGCAAGCCGCGCUCUGACUACCAGGUGGCACCCAGCUCCUUCCAGCUGGGAGUGGGCAACCUGAAGGAGGGCGAGGUCCAGAGUGAGGUCAGCGCGUACUACAGCGAGUACAACACCCUGGAGCGUGGCAAGGGUGCGCAGGUCGCCAACAGCAAAAAGGUGGCCGACUUUGUCGACAAGUUUUACUCCCUGGUGACUGACAUCUACGAGUGGGGCUGGGGCCAGAGCUUCCACUUCUCCCCCCUGCUCCCCCGCCACACCUGGGCGGCGGCCGAGGCGGCGCACGAGACCCGCAUCGGCGCCCUCAUUGGCCUCGCCCCCGGAAAGCACGGCCUGGAUGUCGGCUGCGGCGUGGGCGGCCCCAUGCGCACCAUCGCCACCUCCUCGGGCGCUCACAUCACCGGCAUCACCAUCAACGAGUACCAGGUCAAGCGCGCGACAUACCACAACAAGAAUCUGGGAGUGAGCAAGCAGUGCCAGGCAGUGCGCGGCAACUUCCUGGACAUGCCCUUCGAGGCAAACACCUUUGACGGCGCCUACGCCAUCGAGGCCACCUGCCAUGCCCCAAAGCUGGAGGAGGUGUACAGCGAGGUGCACCGCGUGCUGAAGCCGGGCGCGCGCUUCGCGACGUACGAGUGGGUGUCCACCCCGCUGUACGACUCGACCAACGUGGAGCACGUCAAGCUGAUGGACGAGAUCGUGAUCGGCAACGGGCUGCCCGACAUGCGCACCUGGGCGCAGGCAGAGGCCGCGGGCAAAGCCGUCGGCUUCCGCCUGGUGGAGUCGCGCGACCUGGCCAUGGCCCCCGCCACCCAGGUCUCGCCCUGGUGGAGCGAGUCCGGCGCGGUGCUGCAGCCCCACGUGCCCGAGGGUGUCAGCGUGAACCCCUGGUACGCGCGGCUGGGGCGCAGCCGCUGCCUGUUCGCCGUGUUCGCCCACUUCAAUGCCUCGCUGGUGUGGGUGGCGGAGACGCUGCGCCUGGCGCCGCGGGGCAUGGGCGAGAUCCACAAGAUGCUCAUGGACACCGCCUUUGCGCUGAUCGACGGCGGGGAGCUGGGCAUCUUCACGCCCAUGCACCUACUGGUGUUCGAGAAGCCCGCCGAGAAGGAGGCGGAGGAGUGA